AUGGCCAAAGUAGCUUCAGACAUCCGACAAACUUUCCCUAAAACGGACGAAGUGGUCGUUUCGUACAUUGCUGGAUUGGUAGAUGACGAAGAUGAAGAAGUUGAGGAUAUAGUCGGUAUGACCAGAGGGAUGUUGGACAAUAUCGGAGAAGGGUCGAAGGAUGCAAAGGUUCUGGAUGAUUUUAUGGCUCGACUCCUUGCCUAUCUCGAAUCCCAAUCGUCCAAGCGAAUCCGAAAAUCCAACGUAGCUACCAAACUGGAUAAAUCCGUUCACAUGCGUUCCCAAGCAAUGUCAGCGACCAUCGCCAUGUCCGGUAAAGUAGAUCUCGAAUCCAAUACCAAGGGUCAAGCGUCCCGUGUCGAUCUCAACAAGUUAGCAAAGGCAGAAGCCAAGUUGAAAGCGAAGAUUGAGAAGAGAUCAAAGAGAGAUUUAUACCAAGGGUCGAAAUUGAUCGAACAGCUCAAUAAGAACAAACAAUCUUAUGAGGAGAUGUACAUGAAGGUGAACCCUCUAGACUUAAGUGGAGCAGCAAAAGGGAAGAGCAAAGAUAUACAUCUUAAUAACAUUGAUGUGUCUUUCGCAUCCAAUAGGAUUUUGGCUGGGGCUACUCUUACUAUGGCUCAUGGAAGACGAUACGGUCUUAUCGGUCGAAAUGGUAUUGGUAAAUCUACUUUACUUCGUCAUUUGGCUUUGAGAGAAGUACCUAUCCCUACACAUAUCUCAGUCUUAUACGUCGAACAAGAAAUCAGUGGAGAUAACACUACCGCAUUGGAAUCGGUACUCCAAGCAGAUGUAUGGCGACACAAGUACAUCACAGAAGAGAAAGAGCUGAAUGAGAAAUUGAAUCAACUUGAGAAAGUAACCCCAGCAGAAGAAGAGAAAGAACAAAUUGAAAGGGAGAAGGAAGAUAUUUUAACUAGGAUAGGAGAAGUACAGAAGACUUUGGUAGAUAUGGAAGCUGAGACGGGACCUGCUAGGGCUGGAUUGUUGUUGGCUGGUUUAGGAUUCUCGGAAGAAGACCAAAAGAAGGCUACCAAUUCGUUCUCUGGUGGUUGGAGGAUGAGGUUGGCUCUUGCUAGAGCAUUGUUCGUCAAACCUGAUCUCCUUAUGUUGGAUGAACCUUCUAACAUGUUGGAUCUGAAUGCCAUUGCUUGGCUUGAAGAAUAUCUGCAAACUUGGCAAUCUACUCUGCUGGUUGUCUCGCACGACAGAGCAUUCCUCGAUCACGUUGCUACCGAUAUCAUCCAUCAGCACUCGCAACGACUUGACUACUACAAGGGUAACUUCUCUCAGUUCUAUGCUACCAAGAUCGAUAGAGCCAAGAAUCAAAAGAAGGAGUAUGAAACUCAGUUGGCGUACCGACAACAUCUUCAAGCUUACAUCGACAGAUGGAGAUACAAUGCUAACAGAGCCGCACAAGCUCAAUCGAAGAUCAAGAUUCUCGAGAAAUUGCCAGAACUCGAACCACCUGAACAAGACGAUUCCGAAUCGUUCAAAUUCCCUGAUCCCGAGAAGAUCUCUCCUCCUCUUCUACAGCUUGACGAGGCUACCUUCGGCUACACACCUGAGAAGAUCAUCUUGAAGAAUGUAAAUAUCGACGUACAGAUGGAUAGUCGAAUAGCAGUCAUCGGACCUAACGGUGCUGGUAAAUCAACCAUGAUCAAACUUCUUACUGGGGACUUACAACCUAUAACCGGUAGAGCCAACCAUAAUUCCAGAUGUAGGAUAUCAUACUUUACUCAGCAUUUCGUCAAUCAAUUAGAUAUGAAUGUCUCACCCGUGGCUUUCCUCCAAUCGAAAUUCCCUGGUAAAAUUGAACAGGAAUAUAGAUCUCAUUUAGGUUCAUUCGGUAUAACUGGUUUAACGGGUCUACAAAAGAUCGACACACUAUCUGGAGGUCAGAAAGCGAGAGUAGCAUUCGCUGUUUUGAGUAUGCAAAAACCACAUAUCUUGUUACUGGAUGAGCCUUCCAAUCACUUGGAUAUUGAGGGUAUUGAUGCGCUCAUUGAAGCUAUCAAAGUGUUCAAGGGAGGGGUCAUUUCAAUUUCGCACGAUGAGAGAUUCAUCACUAGUACUUCCAAUCAGCUCUGGGUAUGCGCUGAUGGUAAAGUGACUAAAUUCCUGGGAGACGUUGAGAGUUAUAAGAAGAUUGUUACGGAGGAACUGCAAGCUAAGUUGCGGCCUUAG